AUGACUCGCCCUCGAUUGUACUGUACUCCUGAAGAGACAAUGGAGGCAGCACAAUGCUCCCAAAAAAAAUAUUAUGAUCAGAAUCACACUAUUAUCAGUUUAAAGGACAAAGCAAGUGUCAAUGCGGACCCUCAGAAAAUUCCUAAAGGACGUGCCAAAUUAUGCGUGGGCAGACGUGGGACUCUAGCAAAUGUAGAUGCUACACUCAACCGUUUCAUGAACAGCUCCUCAACUGAACUUUUCGACAAAUUAGUCCACGAUUUCAAAGGGAGCACAGAGAUUGAGUCUUGCAUCCAGGCCAUCACAACUUUGCUUGUAAAUGUGGAGGAACUUCGACAACAAGUUCAGGAAUGCCAUUGUACAACUUUGCAAUGCCUUGGUGUAGGGAAGGAGCUGCGUCAGGUUGAGGUUACUGCUGGAAGGGUAGCCAAUGUCACCAAAGCACUGGAGGAUGUUCUCAUGCACGCCAUGGAUGAUCUACAUGCCCUCUUUUACCAUCAUGCGCGAGUGUUAGAGCCCCUUCAGUGA